AUGUUACAAUUCCAAUAUGAAGCUCCGUGGGUUUCAACUUUUGAUCAAUUAAUUAAUUCGGAAUUAAAACAUAAUAAUUCACUACCAUUUAUAACUUUUCAAUUUUCAACAAUUGAUGUUAAAUCAGGUUAUCCUAAAAAUAGAACAGUAGUAUUUAGAGGUUGGUUAUUUAAUAAUAAAUCAUCAAAUGUUAUAAUUUUCACAACAGAUAAAAGAAUGGAAAAAUAUUCCGAAUUGAAAUUAAAUGAUAAAUUUGAAGCUUGUUUUUGGUUAGGUUGUUGUAAAAAACAAUUUAGAUUUAGAGGUAAAGCUAGAAUAUUAGAUGAAGAAAAUAAACCAAAAAUAGACAUUUCAAAUAUUGAGAAAGGUCAUAUUAUAAAUGAUGCAGAUUCAAUUAAUACGAUAAAUACAAUAAAUACAAUUACAAUUAAUGAAGAACAAACUAAAAAUGACGACCCACCAGAAAUAAAUUUAAACAAUAAAGAAACUUCAGUUCAAUCAAUUCCUAUCCAUUCAUCAUUAUUGUCUCCAAAAUUUGUUGAAAAUGAAGCAAAUUCUACCAGUUUACCACUGAAAUAUUUAACUCCAUCACAUGAAGAAUAUGAUGCUGAGGUGAAAAGACAAUGGAAUCAAUUAUCCAAGAAUAUGAAGAAUUCCUUUAAAAAACCACCAUCAAAAUCAAUAAUGACCGAUGAAACUCAAAAAACUAUUAGCUCAAUAAAAAGAGGUGUUGAUGGUAAAAAAGAUGAUUAUGGUUUUAAAAAUUUUGCUUUAAUUGGUUUAUUUAUUGAUUAUGUUGAUCUUUAUGACUUAGAUAAGGAUAAGAGAUUUAUUUACGAGAUGAAUGAAAAUCAACAGUGGAUUGAAAAUGAAGUAUGUCCUUAA